AUGCCUGACGUCAAGCGAUGGGUCAAGCUCGUCACCCACCAGAAGCCCAUCGCGGAGCCUUCGCCCGUUGAGGGCUACCCCAUGCGGUCAUGGAGCAUAGAGAUCUGGCUGCUAGAUGACCAGGGCAACGAGGUCAUGCCUAACGUCUUCGAGAAGGCUGUUUACAAUCUGCAUCCUUCAUUCGAGAAGAACAAGCACAUCAUCAAGAAGCCGCCGUUCCGCAUCGACGAGAAGGGUUGGGGUGAAUUCGACAUGACCAUCGUCUUGACCGCCAUUGGCAAGGGCGGCGACCACACGCUCGACCACGACCUAAACUUCCAGGCAGAGCGCUACGAGGCCAAACACCAAGUCACUUUCCGUAACCCCAAGCCCGAGCUCCUCGCCCUCCUCGCAGAGUCCGGCCCCGCCGAAGCAAACGGAAUGCGCAACAAGGACCAGGCCAAGAAGAAGAACCGAAGGGACAAGAACGUCGACAUGGAGAAGCUUGCCGAUGGUCUGCAGAAGCUGGGCGAGGAUGAUCUUCUACACGUUGUCACCCUGGUACACGACAACAAGACUAGUGAGACGUACACUAAGAACGACGUUGAGAACGGCGAGUUCCAUGUCGACCUCUAUACCCUACCCGAUUCCCUCGUCAAGAUGCUCUGGGACUUCACGGCGAGCAAGGUUGAAUUAUAG